AUGGUGUGGGUGGUGGCGUCAUUGCUCACACUUGUGGAGGAUGUGUUUUCUGAGGAGGACAAUAAAGAGGGUCAGUCAGACAUCCAGCGCCUCCUUGGGCAGCCCUCCUGGCCUCCUACACAGGAUAUGGAAUGGGACAGCAGCAUCGAGGCACCCUGGCCUCAAGCUCUUGAAGAUUGGUCACUGAUUCAGGACGAUGAAAUCCAUCAGGGAAGAUGGCGGCGCUCCUCUCGGGACCCAAACUCACCCAGAACGUUGCGCAGGAACCGAAAGAAGAACAAGAGCAGCCACGACUGCCAUGUGGAGAGGAAGGAAAUGCGGGUGCGUGAUCUGGGUCUCGGCUACGACUCGGAUGAGAUCAUCCUCUUUAAGUACUGUGUUGGUACAUGCCACAGCUCCCGCAAGAAUUACGACCUGGCCCUCAAGGCUCUGAUGGACAACGGGAGUAUCUCCGGCAAGAAGGUCAGCAGUCACCCCUGCUGUCGGCCUACCCGUUACGAGACUGUGUCCUUCAUGGAUGCCCAGACUAUCUGGCAGACUAUAAAGUGGCUCUCUGCAGCCAACUGCAGCUGUGUGGGCUGA